CUUGCAAUCAUUUGCUUUUGAUUUGAUUUGUGUUUUGUUUAGUGUUUUAAUUGACAAUUGAUUUCAAUAUUUAGUGUUUGUUUUGAUUGACUGAAUGUUUGGUUAUUAUUGUUAUGGAAAGCGUUUCACUGAAUCUGGAUUUGGAUAACAAUGAAGAGGACGACGACAUCGACGACAGACAUAAAGAGAUCCAGGGCUUGUUGUCCAACGCUUUCGAUGACAUCAGUUCAUUGAGCGAAGAAGAGGGCGAAUAUAGUCUCGAGUUUAAGAAGUUUACGAUCGAUGAGGAAAAUGAGACACAGAAUGCGAGAACUGAUGCAAUCAAGCCGUGGAACCAAUACACCAAUGGCUUGACGUCAACGCCUCGUCUUCACAACCAAUUGUACAACAAUUAUGACAACAAUUUAUGGCUAAAGACAUCGAAACCUCGUCUUAAUGUGAGUGACAUUCUUGAAGGCGAAGAAGAGGAGGAAGAGAAUGAAGGAGAUGUCGAGGACAACGACAAUGACAAUCAUUUCUGUGCCGACACUGCGAACCACAAAAUGAAUGGUCAUUUUGAUAGCAAAAGUAGUUUAGAAAACGCCAGAACUGACCAAUUGUUUGGAACCAAUGAAAGAUCUUUUAGUCAAAAACACGUCCAGUUAUUGAUCGAAGAAAAUCAAAGGCUUAGCAAUGAAUUGAUUGUUUCGCAACAAAAGUUGUCC